GAAUCCGACGGUAAAUUUAUGUUAUUUCACAGUCCAAAGAGCAGGAAAACUAGGACCAGCUCAGACCGGACCCCAGUCCCACCAAGACCAGGGAAACCAGGACCAGCUCAGACCGGACCCCAGUCCCACCAAGACCAGGGAAACCAGGACCAGCUCAGACCGGACCCCAGUCCCACCAAGACCAGGGAAACCAGGACCAGCUCAGACCGGACCCCAGUCAUGACUGAGACCAGCAGAACCCAGAAGGUCCGACUGCACGUCCCAGAUCUGGAGGAGCUGAGUACAGUUCUUCAGGUUGGACUCCAGUCCAGUUUUGCUGAAGUCCAGGUCCGGGUUGUGGACUGUCCAGAUCUGACCCAGGACCCGUUCCAGUUCCCGGUCAAAGGUCUGUGUGGAAGUCCACGGAUCACGGAUGUGGGCGGGGUCCCGUACCUGGUCCCCCUGGUCCACAAGGACAAGGAGUACGACAUGAACGCGGUGGCGAAGGAGGUGGAGCUUCCCGGAGCGUUCAUGCUCGGUGCCGGCGCCGUCGCAUCCCGGAUCGUCGGCAUGAACGCAGAGCUGAUGCCUCUGGUUCUGACUGAAGCUGAAGGACGCCCCGCCGUCAACGCCAGCUUCUUCUCCUCCAUCGACCCGAUCGACGGACGCUGUUGCCAAGAGAAGUACAGCGAGCGCUUCUCCGACUGCAGCUUCGGCCUGUUGGCCAACCUGUACGCGUGCCAGGGGGACCCUGGGAAGGUCAUUGAGGUCAGGGCGAAGAAGAGGACAGGCGUCCUCAGUCUGGUGACGUCUCUGAGGAAGACGCUGGAGAAUGCGUACCCUGAGGACAGCCUGGCUCUGGGCGGGACCUUCAUCAUCCAGAAGGGGACGGCCAAGAUCCACAUCAUGCCCAGACAGUUCUCCUCGUGUCCUCUGAACACCGACGAGGACGUCAACUCCUGGCUGAGACACCUGGAGGUCCACGCCCCCCUCAUCUGUCAAUCAGUGCUGGUGUCCAGAGACCCUGGCCUGGACCUCCGUCUAGAACACACCCACUGCUUCAGUCGUCAUGGUGACGGUGGUCACUACUACAUCGACACCAGCCCUGACGUGGUGGACUACCUGGGAUACUUCGUACCUGCCGAGUUCGUCUAUCGCAUCGACCGACCCAAGGACACGCACAAAGUCGGACGAGAAUAAGCCGACGCCCACAGCGUCGUGUGACCAUGCGUGGUCCACUCAUGAAAGGAGUGAUCCUGUGGGUUAUUGAUCAUCUGUGUUUUCCACUGAACAGCGAUCAUCUUCUAAUCUGUCAAUCCAAUCAGUGUUGAUGGUGGUGUCAUGGUGGUCUGUGUGUUUUUAGUGUGAAUCAGAUGAUGAACACACAAAUAAAUAAAUCCAAUGAUUCAACAGAGACACGUUCAUGACCUUCAGGAUGUUUCAGGUUCAUCAUCUGGGACUGAAUUCUAUUAUUGAUCAUUGAUUGGAGUCCAAACUAUGAUGACUUCAUGUCAGGUUUAUAUGUGAUCAGAAUAACUUUGAUUUGUUCAUGUUGUGUUUACUAUGACAUAAAGUGAUUAAAGGAAUGAUCAAAUCAAACA